UGUAUAACGCGUCGAGGUCUUGGAAUGGUUACAUUGCAGUGUGCUAAAAUCGGCUUCCCCAUGAAAAUCCAAGAACAGGGUUGCAACACCACACCACCAAACUCCAGCCAAGCCAGCCAAGCCCAAGGGGCACGAAUCUUCAAACGUCCCUCAUUUCCAGGAAACAAUGCGACUGUAUCGAUAGAACAGAAGCUUUUACCGUAGACUCCCCAUGGGGCGAUCCAUCAUGUCCUUGUGCUCAAUAGCGGUGAAGAAAAGUAUAUAACCCCUGGGUAACUUCCUCGGGUCGUUACUCGAACUUCUGGUCCUCAUCCUCAGCAGACCUCGCCAGUCUGAGAUCGAAAACAUCGAAAUGGUUGCUUUCUCCUCCAUCCUCCUCGCCGCCUCGACGGCCAUCUCUGGAGUCUUCGCCCUCCCCGGUGAGCUCCCCGGCCAGGGCAGCCUCUUCAAGCGUCAGACCUAUACCUCGUCGGCCACUGGAACUCACAACGGCUACUACUUUUCCUUCUGGACCGACGGCCAGGGCAGCGUCCGGUACACCAACGAGGCUGGUGGCCAGUACACUGCCACAUGGUCUGGCAACGGCAACUGGGUCGGUGGAAAGGGUUGGAUGCCCGGUACUGAUCGCACCAUCAACUACACCGGCACCUACUCGCCCAACAGCAACUCGUACCUCGCCGUCUACGGCUGGACGCGCAACCCGCUUAUCGAGUACUACGUCGUCGAGAACUUUGGCACCUACAACCCCAGCACGGGCGCCACCCGUCUCGGGUCCGUCACCUCUGACGGCGGCGUCUACGACAUCUACCGCACCCAGCGCGUCAACCAGCCCUCCAUCGACGGCACCGCCACUUUUUACCAGUACUGGUCCGUCCGCCAGCAGAAGCGCACGGGCGGUAGUGUCAAUAUGAAGAACCACUUUGACGCCUGGACUAGGUCCGGUCUCACCCUCGGCACCCACAACUACCAGAUUGUUGCUACCGAGGGAUACUUUUCCAGUGGCAGCAGUACUAUCAAUGUUGGUGCCAGCGGCGGCGAUGGUGGCACUACCCCUGAAAACCCUGGUACGACUACCACUCCUACUAACCCUGGGAAUGGAGGAGGCGGUAGCUGCGCGGCUAAGUGGGGACAGUGCGGUGGUCAGGGAUGGAGUGGUGCUACUUGCUGCCAGUCUGGAUCGACUUGCCAGGCUGCUAACCAGUGGUACUCGCAGUGCGUGUAA